AUGACAACGCUGGCGUCUCAGUUAGCGGGCAACUGGACAGACGCCUCGUACUUGGACGAUGCGAACACAGACUGGGCACUUUUACGACUCCAGCUUGAACAGGGCAACGCACAGGUUCGCAGGGAAGCGCUGAAGAGAGUGCUAGCGCUCAGCGUUCAGGGCCAGCCCGUAGCCAAGUUGCUACCCGCCGUGGUGAGCAAUCUGCUGCAAGCAGACUAUGAACUGAAACGACUGGUGUGCAUAUUCCUGCAGCAGCAUGCGGACGACGAACCGCAUUUGGUCCUCUUGGCGGUUAACGCGUUGUUUAAGGACCUGCAGCACAAUGACCCUUGGGUGCGGAGUCAGGCGCUCCGCCUACUGACUUCGCUACGUGUUCCCGCUCUACGCCAGGUUAUGUGGUUGGCGAUUCACCGCGGUGUGCGGGACCGUCAUCCGCAAGUGCGACUCACCGCAGCCCUGAGUAUCCCACCAGUGCUAACGUGGAACGAGCCCGACGGUGCGGAGCCUGCGCAAAGCCUCCACCAGCUGCCUGUUGAGCAGAUUGCUUCGGCGUUGACGGCACCUCUGUGGCAGUUGUUGUUAAAUGACCGGGAAGCACCCGUACUGGUUGCAACUGCUGCAGCACUGGGCAUGCUAGAUCGAGAUGCAAUGCUCAACAUUCCCGUGUCGCUGGUCGAGCGACUAGAUGAAGAGUACCAGACGAUUCCGGGGAACCUGCUCCCGAUAGCACUGCAUCAGCUGCUGCGCUACGUCCUACUGCGUACUACAACGCGGCCCGAGCGAAUGACAGAGACACUCUGCGGUGAAGAGCUUACCCGCUUUGUGCAAGCCGUCGACCGACUCGCCAGGAAAGCUGUAGAGUCCCUGUCGGCAGCGGUCGCUGUGAGCGGUGCGCUAACGCUGUACCAUUUGAGGCGCUCCAGCGAUAACGACGUCACGGAGACGGUGGUGCGAACGCUGCUUCGCUACGCGCUGGAUCACGAGAGCGGCCUGAAAGUGUUGGCCCUGCGAAUGCUGCACGUGCUCGCGUGGCGUGAACCAGCGUGUUUGACAAGGUACGCGCCCCUGUUUGUGCCGACGAUCGGCACUGAUGAACCGGCAGUGUAUCGCCAUCAGCUGGGCAUCCUGGUGAAACUUGUCGAAUUCGAGGAGACGCUGUGCAUCACGAUUAUGGAUCGGCUAGUGCCGCUGUUGAAGUGCCGUGGCGAAGAGCUUGCUAUUAUGGCAGCACGUGCGUUGGCUUUAAUGGCAGCAGUGCAUCCGGUAAGCAGUGCUGCCGCUAUUCCGCAACUCAUCGACAUUUGGCGCAGCCGAAGCGUCGUAUCGCCGUCAGUCUAUGGUGCUGUUGGCCUUCUGCUGCUGCGCAUGACAGUGGGAGCGCUACGGACGACGCCUCGGGAACGCAUAAGUCAAGCAGAAAAUCUCUUAAAAGAGAUUGUGCUCAAUGCGGCAUGGAUCGAGUCCGACUCGCCGACACAAAGUCGUUUUCUCUGGAUCGUAGGCACGAUGAUCGAUCAUAUUGGGACUGUCGCCGACGAGGUGCUGCGAAGAUGGAUGCAGCAGCAGCAGCAACAGCAGCAGCAUCGAUUGCUCUUGGCUGCACCAGUGCGCCUCGAGUUGCUACGUCUUGCUCGAACGCUCGCGGCGCGAAGGACAUCCACGGAUCGAGCUUGGCGCGCACUCAAUAGCCUGCUGGUCGCUGGCCUCGAAGAUGACGAUGUAGAUGUUCUGAGCUACGCGGUGGAGUGCGCACAAUCGCUCGAUAAGAUUUCGGUUCGUCCAGAGAGCGUAAUGGAUACCAUGGAAGCGCGCGUAGCGCAGAGUACGACCCUCAUUGACACCGACCCAACGCCUCGAGCAGGUACUGCGGAAGCCGCCGCAGCACAUCCGCAGUGUGCCCCACUGAGAACCUCCUCAAUAGUGGAUGACGUUCGCACAGACGCCAUAGAUGCACUGAGAAACCGAGAUGCGGUAGCAUUCGCUGUGCCCAGUGCAUGGACGAACGGCUGUCUGCUCUGCGCAUGGAGUGCGUGCACUUCCGCGGGAGCGACGUUUUCCUCAUGUCUGCCGGAAAAUGCGAACCUUUUACAUGUGUCGCUGCCUUUGGUACCGUCAACCGAGGCAUCGAAGCACCAGGCUGCUGAAAAGCACCAAGACACAAGCACCGAGCUGCAAGCGCCAGUGGCAACGAAUCCGGUACCCGCAGCGGACUCGUUAGCUCUGUUUUUCGGUGAAACAACGGCAUCAGCAACGACGACAGCUCCAGUGGCUGCAGCACCCGCUGACAAGCACGAGGACGCCAGCGAGCCACUUAUUGCGAUCUCUUCGCCUGAGCAGACGUCGCCCGAUGCCCCAGUGGACUCGACGUUACAUAUGUCUGUCUUCGAUGCACUGCUCACUGCCGGACUGGUGUCCUCGGAGCGCGUCGAACAACUACGACCCCGCAUGCUGGCUGAAAACAGCCUGGAUGCGUUGUUUCAGGAACUCAUCGCAGCAGCGUCAGGUGCGCUUCAGCCUUCGUCAGAGGCAGAGUCGCUCGAUGCGCUCGCAGCGGAGUCAGCAGGACUCCUGCCAACCGGCGCUGCGCAGAGUAUGUACGAGGCGCCCGUAUCGUUGACCCAAGUUCCCGAAGCGACUCAACAAUCGCGAGACAAGCGUCGCAAUGCUGCAUCAGAGCAUCCGCAUUUGUGA